AUGGGGAGUGUUGUUGGCAAAGAUGGGCCUCACACUAGUUUGGAGCCUAAGUCGAAGCUCGACGCCAAAAUAAUCGAGGCCUUGCGAAGGGGAGAAGUAAAAGGGAGUUCCAUAAAAUCAUUCAACACCAUUAUCCUAAAGUUCCCCAAGAUUGAUGAGAGCUUUAGGAAAUGUAAAACCACAUUCGAAGAGUUCGACGAGGAUGGAAAUGGUGCAAUAGAUCCUCAAGAGCUAAAACGGUGCUUUCAGAAACUAGAACUUAAUUUCACCGAUGAGGAAAUAAACGAGUUGUUUGAAGCGUGCGACAUAAAUGAAGACAUGAGAAUGAAAUUCAAUGAGUUCAUCGUUCUCCUUUGCCUCGUCUACAUUCUGAAAGAAGAUCAGACCAGUCAGCAAGCUAUAGGAAUGCCGAGUCUUGGGGCGACUUUUGAAACGAUAGUGGACACGUUUGUUUUCCUGGAUAAAAACCGGGAUUGCUGUGUUAGCAGAGAUGAGAUGAUUGAUGCCAUUAACGAGACUAACUCGGGAGAAAGAUCUUCCGGGAGAAUAGCCAUGAAAAGAUUCGAGGAGAUGGAUUGGGACAAGAACGGGAUGGUUAAUUUUAAGGAGUUUCUCUUUGCUUUCACGCAUUGGGUCGGGAUUGAAGAUGCUGAUGACAAUGAAGCUGAGCAUGCGUGA